AACGUUUCUUUGACUGCUGCCCCCAACUUCUUUCAACUUUUAAGCACAAAGGCGGCAGAGGGAGCGGCGAAUCAAAUCAGAAACACGUAGCAGGGAAUUCGAUGGCUCGACAAGCCGUCACCAAGCUCCUUGGCUCGAUCGCAUCUCGCAAACCUUCUUCUUCUUCGCCUUUCCGUUUGGGAUUCAGGCAGGCUCGGCACUACUCGGCUGCCCCACCACCACCGCCGGCAGUGUUCGUCGACAAGAAUACCCGCGUUAUAUGCCAAGGAAUCACGGGAAAAAACGGCACCUUUCAUACGGAGCAGGCCAUUGAAUAUGGCACCAAAAUGGUGGGAGGUGUGACACCAAAAAAGGGGGGAACAGAACACUUGGGGCUUCCUGUUUUCAACACGGUUGCGGAAGCAAAGGCUGAAACAAAGGCCAAUGCUUCGGUUAUAUACGUUCCACCUCCUUUUGCUGCAGCUGCUAUUAUGGAGGCACUGGAUGCUGAGUUGGAUCUUGUUGUAUGCAUCACUGAAGGAAUCCCUCAGCAUGAUAUGGUACGAGUAAAGGCUGCUCUGAACAGGCAAUCGAAAACUCGUUUGAUUGGGCCAAAUUGCCCUGGCAUCAUCAAGCCUGGAGAAUGUAAGAUAGGAAUUAUGCCUGGGUACAUCCAUAAACCUGGUCGCAUUGGAAUUGUUUCUCGAUCUGGCACGUUGACUUAUGAAGCAGUUUUCCAAACCACAGCUGUAGGACUUGGACAAUCCACCUGUGUUGGUAUUGGGGGUGAUCCUUUUAAUGGCACAAACUUCGUUGAUUGCAUCGAGAAGUUCCUUGUAGAUCCCCAGACAGAAGGUAUCAUUCUUAUAGGAGAGAUUGGCGGGACUGCAGAAGAGGAUGCCGCCGCAUUAAUAAAGGAAAGUAAGACUGAAAAGCCUGUGGUUGCAUUCAUUGCUGGACUAACUGCUCCCCCCGGUCGUCGUAUGGGUCAUGCUGGAGCUAUUGUGUCUGGUGGGAAAGGUACAGCUCAAGACAAAAUUAAGACCCUUAGAGAAGCCGGGGUUACAGUGGUUGAGUCUCCAGCAAAAAUUGGUGCGGCUAUGUUUGAUGUGUUUAAGCAGAGGGGUCUUGCAAGUUAACUUGAGCAGUUUACCCCAUUUUCAGCGGUUUUUGCCAGAUUCUUCCAUGGUAUCUUUAUAAUUUGAUAAGUUCAGUUCAAUUUGAUUUUUGAUUGACUGCACUUGUCACUUGUGAUAACUCUUGAGAAGUUGAAAUUCUCCUAAUUUUUUCCCGGUCGGAUUUGGUGUCGGGUGCACCAAUAAAUUUAUAGCUUCUUUGGAUAUACUCUCCAAUCUCCAUCUCUUCCACAUCACCCAAAGGUAGGAGGUGGAUGGAAUUUGAGUGUAAAAUUCAGGUUCCUGGUUCUUAUGCAAUGGAAAUGUUUCAUUAUUAGAAUCA